UGCCAGGAUGUGAAGCUGGAUGGCAAGGGAGAGCUUGUGAUAAGAAGUGCGAAGCCGGCAACUUUGGCGAGAACUGUUUACAGACAUGUCACUGUGCUUUACCGGGAUGUGACCAAUUCAACGGGAGCUGUACACAGCCAGGAUGUGAACCUGGGUGGACAGGAAUGGCUUGUGAUAAGGUCUGUCUCACCGGAUACUUUGGUGUGGACUGUAAACAGACAUGUCAAUGUGCUAUUCCUGGAUGUAACAGAACGAAUGGAGUAUGUAUCAGGUCUGGUUGUGAGGCAGGAUGGGAAGGACUGUCUUGUGACAAAGAAUGCGACAUUGGUACAUAUGGCAAAGAUUGUAAAUACACUUGCAACUGCGCUACUCCCGGAUGUGACGUGACAAGCGGUAAUUGUAUCGUGUCCGGAUGUGCACUUGGAUGGCAAGGACCUAAUUGUAAUAGAGUGUUCCGAAUACACGACAAAGGGGAAGGUGUCAAUACAACCCUUGAUUACGUAACAAGUGUUAGCUACAACAAGUAA